AUGGAGGGCUUUGUCUAUCCCCCCUUCAGCACCUACCAGAGCUUCAGGGGCAGCGUCACGCCAAGCCGCAGCGGGGACCCGGCGGUGAAGCAGCCCAGCUGGAAGCAGAGCAAGAGCGGCGGCAUCAGCCCCUUCCUCGGGGGGUCCCUCACCCCCGUGCCCUCUGACUACCUGGACGGCUACCGACGGGCCCAGCUGCAGGCCCUGCUCUCGCAGGUGAGCCCCGGGCUGAUGCCGCGGCCGCGCUGGGCCAACACCAAGGAGGUGGGAGUGCAGGUGAACCUGCGGGCCGACGCCGCCGUGCAGUGCUCGCUGGGGCUGCGCACGCUGCCCGUCGGCCGCCCCGUCGUCCCCGCCGCCCUCCGCGCGCAAGGGCGCCUUGCCCUCUACUCGCCCGUGCCGGACCACCGUCGCCUCUUCACGUUGCCUGAGGCCGCUGGACCCCGGGAGAAGGAAGAUGGCUCUGAAACGAAGCUCGAGGAGCAGAAGAAGGCGGAGGAGGGGAGCAGAGAGCAGCAGGAGGGUCAGGCGGAGGCCGCUUUGCCGAGCGAGGAGGCAGCGGAGAUGCCACGGGAGGAGGCGGCGGCAGCCCCCAGGCACCGGGCUGCCUUCCAGUUUUUGGAGCAGAAGUAUGGCUAUUUCCACUGUAAAGACUGCAAGACCAGAUGGGAGAGUGCUUACGUGUGGUGCAUUUCUGGAAGCAACAAGGUGUACUUCAAGCAGCACUGUCGCAAAUGCCAAAAGGCCUUCAAUCCCUAUCGAGUGGAAGCGAUCCAGUGCCAGACCUGUUCAAAGACUCGUUGUUCCUGCCCUCAGAAGAAGAGACACAUUGAUCUCAAGCGACCUCAUCGCCAAGAACUUUGUGGCCGCUGCAAAGGCAAGAGGCUGUCCUGUGAUAACACUUACAGCUUCAAAUACAUUGUCUGA